CACAGUAAAUUAGAAAUUUGUCAGUUUUAACUGUAAAUUGCCUAUCGGAUAGAUGGAUCACUCGUCUUUUCAUUGAUGUAAACGUGGCUUCCAAUUAGAACAGCCAGAACAAAACUUGACCUCCGGGUUCUCUCGAAAGACACUUCGCGGUUGGUUGCAGUUCCGAUCUUGCCGCGAUCUUUUUGCCGUGGUUUACGUCAACAACAUGAGACCUUGAAGGAAAAUCUGCAUUGAUUCCUGAAAGCCCCGCAUUGCGACUUUGAUUCAAUAGAUGAGAAAGAGCCGGUGGUGGGCUUUCUAUUUAGCAUUCAAAUAAACUUUCAUUGAGAGACAUCGGUGCUUCAUUUGUGGAUUAUUUAUGCUAAAAGUUGCCUGCGGCCCGAGCCGAAUUGAUCGAAAACUCAUUUUGCAAAAGCAUGUGUAGAAAUCCAGCCGGAUUGAUUCUUGGACAUUGUUGACAUCGAAGAGUGAUUAAAAGCUGGCAAACCUCGAUAAAUAGACGUACAGAGGGGUAUCGGAACUGGUAAAAGAGAUCCAAUGUCCACAGAACAAGGCGAAAGGUCUUCCAGUCAAAAAGCGGCCUCAUCAAAAAGCCAAAAUCCCUCCGAAACCUUGGUUGCUAUUAAACCUGAAAAAACAAGCUCCCAAUCAGUCUCGUCGGAUCCCGUCACCACUCCUUCGAAGCUGAAAGAUGAAGUAUUUCUAAAACCACAUCCUGUCAAACGUGACCAGCCGUCGGACAGUACCACACCAUCCACUCCAGAGGACCGCCCAAAUCGUCCGCUCCAAGUUAUCGCAGUCAGUGCUUCCAAGGGCCCCGCAGCCUUUUUCAAUCUCGCCCGAAAGUUUCUCGUCACUGACGAGAUGUGCGAUCUGUCAGCGUUGGAAGGAGCUAUUGUGACAGCAGUUGACGCGGCACAUCUUUUGGAACGGUCGAAACUUGCCGCGAUCGUCAGCAGUGGAACCGAGGAGGAAAACAGUACCAUCGCCACAGCUGCAACCAAACUCGCCCCCCGGCGAGGCUUCAUUGUCACCCCUAUCACCUUCUAAUCCUAACGUAGCAUCGUCAAGACAUACAGCGCAGUCACCACCUAUAACGCAUCCAGUUUCCACGGAAGACUCACAGUCAGCAACAACUCGAGGGAGAAACACACCCGGAGGUCGGGAGCUUCGGAGAGCACGAAUUGUCAUAACUGUGAAACGAACAGAAAGGUACAAGCAAUGGCUGGAGGAGAAUCCGCUCCAAGCAAUAAUUGCUGGUGACGAUGGAGACGACGACCAGAGAGAUUCUCCAAUUCCUACGGAUUCGAGAGAAUCUGGAUUUUCCUCUUCUCACCAACAACAGAAGCAGCGAUGAAACGCACCGUGCCAUGUGUACCUGGCGAUCUUCAAAAUAUUCACGCAUUCCUACGACGCUCGUCGGAGACAGGUACCUUGACAUUUCCAUGUAUCCUCAACCUUGCAGCGUUCGCCUCUUUGUUGGACAAACAUCCGAAAUUUUCCACGCUAGGAUCGGCCAACCAACCAAAAUUACUAUUAACCAAUAGACGUCUAAAACUGUAUAUCUUUGCGCAGUCUCGUGGGUUAGUACAGAUGCUUGCAGCAAGUGUCAACCUUCAUUGGAAGAUGUCCA